AUGCAAGAAGCAGGGUUUCCAGCAAUUCAUGGCGGAGUAAUGGGUGGGCGUCUUGAGACGCUGUCCGCGCUAUGUAAAUCCAUAGAUGCUGAUUUUAAAAACGAACUUCAUGCUGAAGGAGGCCUCUUUCAAUUUCUUUUUGUACCGGAAGCUAAUAUUUUAAAGCCGAUUGCCGAAAAAUUAUUGAAAUGCUUUGAGGCAAAUUCUUCGACAUUUUUUAUCAAUGGCCUAAAGUUAGGAAUAACCUUGCAAGAUGUUUUGUUCAUCUUCCAUUUGCCUAUUGACGGGAAACUUAUUUUACUUGAACGCUGUCCAAGUGAUGAAGCAUUCAAACGUGUAUACCCGGAGGGUCCCUAUGAUAAAAAGAGGAAGGAGGGUUUUUACAAAAGUGUCGCAUGCGACUCUAACUUCUCUUCUAAGCAGCGGAAGGUUGUUAUUUUAAUGCUUAUUCUUCGAGCUUUUGUUAUGCCAUCGUUCGAUGGCAAUUCAAUCCCUCUGUCAUUUGUUGCACUUUUGGAGGAUGUAGAUUCAGUUUCCAAUUAUGCAUGGGGAGCUGCAAUGCUUUCUUACCUCUUAUCAGGAAUAGAAAAUUUUAGAAGUAAGAAGAAAAAGCAUUUGGACGGAAAUUUCUGGAUCUUUUUGGUAAGUAUAAUUUGA